UUCCUAUUCAUUUCGCCUUUCUUAUUCCAACAAUAAUAUGUCAUUAUCAAUCACGCUAAAGUUUACAACCACAGUCGGCAAUGUCGCGGAUGGGUCGUCGUAUCCGGUCACGAUGAAGGAGCUGAUCGAGCAUGUGCGCGACUCGGUCAUUGACGAGAGGUGCAACAAGGAUCUGUUCUAUAAGGACACUACCGUGCGCCCUGGUAUCCUGGUCAUUAUCAACGAAAGCGACUGGGAGGUUGAGGAUGGGCCCGACUACAAGCUGCAGGACGGCGACGUGAUCGAGUUCAUUUCGACGCUGCAUGGCGGCUGAGCUAGAUAAAUAUCGAUUUGCCGCGUCAAGCUUAAUUUGUUAACUAAUUUGAUCACGGA